UACAAAGCCAUGCUACAAACAUUACAUGUUCAUUUUAUACCUUCUACUGCUUCUAUCACCAAGCUUGCCUGAAGAAAACCUCAUAUCCUUGAUUGAAAUUCAGGCCGGGAAAGAUGGCGACCGUCACCACGCAAGCCUCAGCCGCCGUUUUCCGGCCGUGUGCCUCGAAAUCGAGGUUCCUUUCUGGAUCUUCUGGGAAAUUAAGCAGGGAUUUGUCCGUUAAGCCUUCUGCUACUCCAUCAGCUACAUCUUUUAAAGUUGAGGCUAAGAAGGGGGAGUGGUUACCUGGCUUGCCUUCACCAGGUUACCUCAAUGGCAGCCUUCCUGGUGACAAUGGAUUUGAUCCCUUGGGACUUGCUGAAGACCCUGAGAACCUCAAGUGGUACGUGCAAGCCGAGCUCGUCAACGGCCGUUGGGCAAUGCUCGGGGUUACUGGUAUGCUAUUACCGGAAGUUUUAACAAGCAUUGGAAUCAUUAAUGUUCCUAAAUGGUAUGAUGCCGGAAAGGCCGAGUACUUUGCCUCUUCAUCCACCCUCUUCGUGAUCGAAUUCAUCUUGUUCCAUUACGUCGAGAUCAGAAGGUGGCAAGAUAUCAAGAACCCAGGAUGUGUCAACCAAGAUCCUAUCUUCAAGCAAUACAGCUUGCCUCCAAAUGAGUGUGGAUACCCAGGAGGCAUCUUCAAUCCCCUCAACUUUGCACCAACUUUGGAGGCCAAGGAAAAGGAGCUCGCAAAUGGAAGAUUGGCAAUGUUGGCAUUCCUGGGAUUUAUAGUUCAACACAAUGUGACUGGAAAAGGACCAUUUGACAACCUCCUUCAGCACCUGUCAGACCCAUGGCACAACACCAUUAUUCAAACAUUCAGGGGAAACUAGGUCUAUAAGAUGACAUGGAAAAGACAUGUUUCCAUUUAUUUUGUAAGAGUGAAUGGUAUCUAUUUGAAACUUUGGCAUCAGUUGGGCAAUGAAUGUAGUAGAAAAAGGAUUUACCAAUGUACAGGGAACUACUUUUGCAUUAUUAAUAUUAUCAUUCUAUUACAACCA